AUGAUGUCAUGGCGUGGGUUUUGUAAAGGAGGUAUACAGAUAUUUACGUCAGGGGCUCUACGCUGUGCUGGAACAUAUUCACGUUCUGCUUUGCGGGAUCAUUAUCAAGUGCUAGGUGUGGGAAGGGAAGCAUCAAGUAUAGAAAUAAAGAAUGCCUUUUUCAACCUAUCAAAGAAGUGCCAUCCGGACAGUGACCCAUCAAAUCCUCUCCUCCAUGCCCAGUUUGUACGCAUCAAUGAGGCAUAUAAGGUGCUGAGAAAACCGUCUUCCCGCAAGGAAUAUGAUAAGGUCUUAGAAGCAAUACAGAGAAAUGGCCCAGCUUUUAGAGACCAAAGUGCUUAUAAGACCUCCAGCAGAGCAAACGGCACAACACACACCUAUAGAAAAGAAGAGCCCUAUCACUGGUCCUCCAAAGACAAUGAUUGGUAUUGGUCUCAGUUUUCUCGCCAGUCGGAUUUUAAAGAGUCUGAAAAGAAGCUACAAGAGCGCAAUAAAACCAUUGUAUGGACUUGCAUAUUCUUGGUUUUCUCAAGCAUCUACCUACACUUAUUUGUUUUUAGCACAAUAAGAGACUUUCGUAACAAGGAGAUAGAAGAACAACAGAAGAAGAUUUUGGAUUUCUAUAAUAAGACAAAGGAGAAUGCCCAGAUGAAUGGGAUUAACAAGCAAAAAGAGAUUCUACUGCAGAAGCAUGAAGAAAGGCUGAGGAAAUUAUAUGGACGAGACGCUGAAGCUAAGAAAUAA